CUAAUCCUUUCAAUUUUCAGAUGGGUGUCUGUAUUACCAAAGCUAAUAAUGAAUUUGAGUCAGAAGGAGAGAUUGACUGUUGCUGGCAAGGAGAUGUCUGGGGAAGAUUACCGUUAUCAGAUGGUGAAGACACUUUGUGAUAUGAAUUGGUCUGUUGAAACUGCAACAAGUCUCCUUCCAGUCUUUAGGGAUCUUGACUUGCCUAAAGAGGAGCUUCAGGAUGUUAUAUAUAAAGUUGAAGGAGUGCUAAAGAAAAUGGAUUAUCAGUCUGUACCGCCCAUCAUUUACCAUCUGAUCCUUUUAGUAAAGAGCAAGCUUCCUGGUCGAAUCUUGCAGAUCAUCAUUGCAUAUUUUAACAAACAGGAACAGCAGCUGAUGAAGGAAAGGGCCAACAGAGAGGGCAAUGUCAACAGCAUGGAAUUAGAUUCUGAAACUAUAGGUUAG